AUGAAGUUCAUCGCAAAGUCCAUUAGCAAAGUCGUUUCGCAGGAGACGCGAAUUCCUUAUCAGUAUAUAGCAACUUUUACCGGUUCGAUUGUUGUUGUUUCAACUGGGAUGCUGUUCGGUUGGGCCACCCCAUCUUUACCACAACUUCUUUCGCCCGAUUCACCAAUACCUUUAUCAGAUUCGGAUGGUUCGUGGUUAGCCGUGAUGCCUUGCAUCGGAGCAGUCGUUGGAUGUUUGGCUGCUGCUCGUAUAGUGGAUAAAAUAGGGAGGAAAACUACUAUGCUCUUGGUGUCUCCGAUUUACUUCGUAUCUUGGAUGAUGAUAGCUUACUCUCAAUCUAUAGCUGUCUACAAUUGGGCCAGAUUGCUUUCCGGGAUUUCCGAUGGAAUAGCUUUAACAGCAUUCCCGAUGUACUUGGGUGAAAUAUCGGAUUCGAAAAUACGCGGUUUAUUGGCCUCUUCGAUACCUGUGAACACGGUGGUGGGUUUCAUGGUUGUAUCCAUGAUCGGCUCCUGUUUGAGCAUCAAAUUAACAGCGCUGGUAUCAUCGACAUUACCAAUCCUUCACUUUGUUUUAUUCAGUUUCAUGCCUGAAAGUCCGUACUUUCUGUUGAUGAAAGGGAAACCGAAGGAGUCUAAAGAAAUGUUGAUCAAGUUGAGAGGUUACACCGACGUGGAUGAAGAGUUGAAGCGGCUGGAGAAAGCUGUUGAAGAAGAGAACAAUUUGGAGACUAACAUUUGGGAUUUAUUUACUGUGAGAAGUAAUAGAGCAGCUGUUUAUAUAGUGGUUUGUCUUCGAGGAUUGCAACAGCUGUGCGGACCAAUGGCCAUCAUGUUCUACACGACGAUCAUCUUCAACGAAUCCGGGAAUUCCCUUUCAGCGGCAACCAGCACCAACAUUUACUUUGCCCUUCAAGUGAUCUGCGCUAUAAUUUGCUCGUUCCUCGUGGAUAAAGUUGGGAGAAGACCUCUACUAGCCUUAUCAGCGUUGGGAUCAUGCUUGGCCUUAGCUGUUGAAGGAUCUUACUUCUACGUACGAGAUUACACUUCUAUCGACGUAACCAAUUUCAGUUGGAUUCCAAUCGCUGCUCUCUUAAGUUACAACAUCAUCUUCAACUUGGGCAUUGGAACGAUUCCUGUGAUGAUGUUGAGCGAAUUGUUUCCAACGAACGUGAAAGCUUUUGCACUUUGCCUUGCAGAUAUUUACUUUGGUGUUGUGGUGAUAUUCGUUUCAAAAUUCUUUCAAAUCAUGAAAGACUCUUUCGGUAUGCACGUGCCGUUCCUCGCGUUCUCCUUCUUCAGUGCAAUCGGUUUAAUUUACAUCAUCUUCUGUAUACCGGAAACCAAAGGGAAAACUUUAGAAGAAAUCCAGGAUUAUUUCAAGGGAAGAGUGAACAAAAAAGAUAUUCAAACACAUUUAUGA